AUGUAUUACACUGCUAUUCGUUCUUCAUCUCCAACUUCCGCUUGUAGUCGUUUUUUCAGAAGAAGUUGCGCAUGCUCUGGCUCUUUGUUCGUUCGUCGCAGUUCUGAUACUGACCGCCAUUCUGCGUCCCGAGUGGAUUUCUCGCAGCGAAAACAGAAUUUCCCACUAUCGUUGCUUGUAGAUAUCCGAAGAUAUUCGGCAAUCCGCCAGGAUAAACCGCCGUCCUUCUCAUCAAAAGGUUAG